GGCAAUACUAUGAGGACAAUGAGUUGUAAACCGACGUUGCAAAGAAGUGUACCUAAAGCUUUACCUACUGGAAAGACGAAACAGUUAUCUUCGAAUGUAGUUCAGAAAGAUUUGAAAAGGAACCAGGACUUAAAUAGUACAUAUUUACAGUUAACUAGUAAGAAGCGUAAAGCUGAAUAUAUAUCACCAAUUGUUAGAGACAGAAAACAUGCUGUUAUCAAGACGAAAGAAUUAAAUGAAGCAAAGUCUGAAUAUCCACAAAGUGUUAAAGCUACUCGAAGUCCACUUAAUACAAAUUACUCGCCUCAAAGGUUACCAAAAAAAAUGUCUCCGAAACCUUUGUCACCUCUGGUUUUACCAACAUCUCGAUUAGCAAAAGAGAAUAGACAUCCAUCUCCCAAAGGAGUGUUUACAAAACCAGUAUCACCUGUGAUACAUCAAAGUCGCCUUCAACCAGUGAUAUUGAAACGGAGUACAUCAAAGAACCCUGCCUGCAUAAAAAGUCCAAAAGGGACAUUCCAGUUGCAAAAAGAUGCAAGUAUCAGUCUUGGGCUGUCAUCGGAUGACACCUCUAAUCGCAGUCCUACCUUCAGAUAUUUCACGACUCCUGGAAAGAAUACCUUUUUUCUGAAACGAAAGAGGCCAAAAACAUAUUUUACAGAUUUCACGAAUAAGCCUAAAACGAAUUUAGAUUAAAAUGCCACAAAAAGUCCGUCGAGCCCUUCUGCACAGGCUGCGAGUGAAAAAAAAAAGUGAGACAAGAAAAGUGCGAUAGUCAAAGUAACAAUAAUAAUAUAUAUGUAAUUUAUGUUAUAAUACAAAUAACAAGCUGCUCUUGUAAGAUGUGAAACUUAUAAAUAGUAUUCCCUCAACCAUAGCUUGUUUUAAGAAUAGGAGAUUUAUUCUUAAUGUUUUAACUGCCUACACUGGAUAAACAAAAUGUUUUUUGAUAAACGAUGUUAAGACAAUCGAGUUGAAUAUGGCAUAACAAUUCUUUGCCAAUGUCCUCUAUUUAUAUUGUGUGGACUCUAAUACUUUUAGUAGAUGAAAGGAUAAAAGAAACAAGGAAAAAGAUAAGAUCCAAUGGUACGCAUGAAAAGGGUUAUAUAAUUUCUGUAGGUUUUGUAAAAUCGGUAUUUUUAUGACAAUGACGCUGCAACAAUUAAGAACAAUUAUUUGUCGUAGGAAGGUAUAUAUGUAACUUGGUAAGUCGAA